AGCUGCGUCCCUUCCCUUUAUUCGAAGUUAACUCGCCCUCUUUCCAAUGCCUGGUGUUUACUUCCAUAGGAUUGCAGCGGUGUGAGUGAUGUUCAGGGCUGAGGGGAGACUUGAGUUUACACCUCCAACUCUAAAACAUUGCACAAGAAGUCUUUUUGAAGCGGGGGGGGGGGAGGGGGACUCCAUCUGAUCCCCCGAGGAUAUCUGCUGCAGCAUUUCGUAAACACUCAACAGCAGCUUGUUUUGCGACGCAGGAGCAGGUCCGGGUUAGGAAAUUGGAUCGCCGCGCCUCGAAGGCGAAGGAAGAGAAAAGUCCUGGGGGUGCAAUAAAUAUAUAUCUCUCUCUCAGCACUGAGGCGACGCUCUUUCGCCAACUCCAGACUCCCUCCUUCUUCGCUCAGAAAAGCUUCAGGCUCCUCCACGCCCACGCGAUCUUAGCGGUCUCAUUGAUCUCAGGGGACCGUAGUAGCGAGCCAAGACGAUCAGGAUCGGGCUGCGCGCCCCGCAGCCUGCCCCGAUCUUUGCUUUGCCCCUGUCUUCCCCGCAACCCCAGCCGGAGUGAACGAUCCCGCGCCCCUUUCCCGUGCAGCGUGGGGCUGGCGCUGGCGCUGGGGGGAGUCCUGGCUGGCCCUGGGAGUGUCCCCACCCCAGCCACGUCAUUCGGACCCCUUCCUGUAUAAAUCCCGGAGCGAAGGGCGCGGCGCUCUUUGACCACCUUCGCUCCGCUUCCCGCACACGCAGCAGGAGGGGAAGAACCGUCCGGAGCCCACGCCGCUCGUGCCCGGUGCGCCAGGAGGAGAUGCUGAAGAGGCGGCGGGUCUUCUCGGUGGAGCCGCUUUGGAAUCGGGAUGGAGCCUGGAAGCCAUUAGAGAGCUCUGUGGUGCUGACUUCAGUCAGCAUGUACCGGAAUCUGCAGGACCCUCAAUCUCCCAGGGAGAGCUCCCUCAAGUUGGAGCUGGAUGGCAAGAAAAGCAGUGAGGUGGACAGAUGGGGUGAGGCUGGGUCCCCAACUGAGCCCAUUCCCCACAAGGAUUUGCACCACCAGCUGAGCUUCAUACCCACCAGUGGGAGGCUCUUAAAGUCUGAAUCGGAGGACUCUGGCGUGGAAAUGGCCAGCAGCGAUCAUUCUCCCUCCACUCCUGUGGACUCCGAAAAGAGCUUUACAUUGGACUGUGUGGAUGGCUUCCAGCCUUCGGCCUCUACCACUGUGGUAUCCCAUGACAGCAGUGCCAAUGCAGGACAACAAGUGGAACCAGAUCCCAGCCAAGAUCGACCCUAUCACCGGAACCUGUCCGUCAGCAAGAAGCUAGCACAGGUUGUGCAACGAUCACAGAAACACCGUUUGCCCAGUCGGUCAUCAAGACAGCUUGGCCAAAGGUCCCGCAGCCACUUGGAUUUGGAGGGACUAAAGGCCUAUUGUGCACAAUCGCCUGUGAGUGUUGAUGACGUUGUGGGUACUGCUUGUGGGGAGAAUUGCAGAGCCAACUCAGGCUGCAACACCCCCUUGGAACAGCACACAGAAGCAAUGGUGCAAAAUGAGCCUUCGCUUACCAUGCCGGGGCAGGGUUUGCAGUACUUGGAGCACAUCUGCCAGAUGCUGGAGAAAAUUGCCCAACUGCAAAGAGCCAACCAGCAACUCCAGUAUCAGCAUAAACUCAUGGAGUGCCGACUGCGAGCCCAGGAACCUGAGAACGAUGGCCUUUCUGAAGAAACUCCUGAAGAGUCCAGGUUGACAGGGGCAGAACCUCUACCUGCGAGUCAGGCAGCUACGGAGAUGGAGGAAAGUCCCAAUUCUCGAAGUCCUUACUAUCCCCACCACUUCCGGGCACGUUCUGCUUCCGACACACACGUGGUGCUAAGCCCAGCCCAUCACUUAGAGAACAGGCCUGAGAGCUCUGAGAAGGCCACGGCACACUUCUCCAGCUCGCCCAGCUUGAUAGAUCAACCAGAUGGAGGCUCCUGUACUUUACCACCAGGCAUGAAGCUCAAGAAUGAAUAUUCACAUUGGGGCAAAGUCAAAGUGCUAAUCAACAGGAUUAAAAGGAAGUCUGUGCGGGCCAAUGAGCAGACCCCAUUUGGCGAGGCUGCCCCAAGCAGCAGAUGGUCAAGAGUGGAUGACGUACCGGGAAAACAAGAGCUUCACCCCAGGCGGCGUUUUCUGCCCAGUCUGGGCGCAAAGAAAUGCCAGUCAAAACACUUUCCUAUGCGGUGAGCGCAAAGGAGAUACGAUGGACUUGUCCGCAAAGUUAUGAGUGGCUAAUGAACCUUUCCUCCUUUUUGGAAUUUAAAUCCCUUCGGCAGGAGAGAAAUUAGGAGGGUCUUGCCCAUAAGAAUUCAGAAACAAAAGCUCUACCUUCUGAGAUUACAGAGGGGUUGGGUUGGGACUUGGGUUGGGACUUGGCAGCCUUUCCUUGGCAAAAGCCAAACACAGUUCAGAUGUGUCAUGAUACAAGAUCCUCUUUGGCCUAUGGUAGGAGAAACACUGGUUCCCUGCAAACUAUAUUGGAUCUCCUCUGUCAAGAGCGAUUUCCCCGCUUCCUUUCUAUCAAUCAUAAUUCUCUUGUAUUACUUAUUCAGUAAUGAAAAUCAUGGUGAAUAAAAACCAUGGGUUAAAUGGGUUUGCAAACUCUGGGGAUGCAGGAAUCUGAUUUCUGUGUACAACAUUGCAAACAAGAGUUUUGUGAAAUUGGCUUCUGUCUCACACAUCACAUUUCGCUAGGGAGGCAGUAUUACAUCUGCACUGAAUCUUAGGGUUCAGGCUACACAAGACACCGUUAGCUGGUUGAGUCCAGGUUUCUGGUUGGGCUUGACUUACUCAUCUGCAACUACCCAGCAGCUGUGUGGAACAUCUACACAUGCAGCUCCAAGAGGGAAAUCCAGAUUCAGCUGGUUUAAGCUUUAGGACUAGGACAAACCGAUUCCACACUUUCCCCCUCUGUGCUUAGGGGAAGUCACUCUGAGGCCGGACCUCAAACUAGUAUUAGGUCUGCCCCAUACUCAUCCCUUCUCAACCCUCCACCCCCAUGUUCUCUUGGCAUUUCCUGAAUUGUAUUUUUUUUGGUUCCAAAAGUGGGUUCUUUCCCAUAAUUAUGUUAUGCAGAGAUUUGAUGCUGCUUUCUUAAUUGACUUCUAGGGCUGUGAACAUAUAAGACUUAUGUGAGCUGUGUGUAGACAAGUGACUUACAAAGGAGAGAACUUCCUUUUUCUUCUUCUCCACCAGGAAAUCCCUGUGUUACAAAAUGUGAAAUAACUUAUUGGUUGUGCCCGUCAUAUUUUUUUUUCUUAUUAAACAGAUGAUUGACACUCCUAACCUUUUCUUUGUAUAUGUAACUAUGUGAAUUCUGUAUAUUUAUAACCUAAUGGUCACGUGUAUGUGUAUAUAUUGGGCAGCUGUUGUAUUUUCAAAGAAUCUAAAAUGAAAAUAAAAUUUGGAGACUUCUUUUUUUUUA